CUCAACACUUUUUUCCUCUGAACCAAUAUGGCGAUUGUGUAGAUCUUUGUGCGUCGUUUUUGCAGAGUUUUGUGAAAUUCCACGCGCUCCCCUCAAAUAAAAAAAAUACGCUUCUAACACGUCCCUUCAGUAGCAAGCAGAGACCAAAUCUUUCCCUUGACUUCAAACGAUCUCCAAGUAGUGAAUACAGCACGCAAUAAGCAAGAUGGUGGACAAAAUUGAAAUGAGCCUCGACGACAUCAUCAAGUCCACUCGCUCGCAAAAAAAGCCGCAAGCCGCCCGCGGCGGACCAGGUGGCGCCCGUAAACCGGGCGGCCAGCAGCGUUUUGCCGGUGGAGCCCGCCGCGGCGGAGCCAAUGCUGGCGGCUCGCCCAGGAAGCCAGGAAGCGUGCUCAAGGGCCCGCGAGGAGGAGUGGCCGCCGGAGCCGUUCAGAAGGCCAAGUUCCCACGGGGCGAUGUGAACAGCGCUUGGAAGCACGAUAUGUACGACGGACCGAAGAGGGGUGCCGCCGGAGGAGGAUCCGGACCCACUCGCCUCAUCGUCGGUAACCUGGACUACGGCGUAUCCAACACGGACAUCAAGGAGCUCUUCAACGACUUUGGGCCGAUAAAGAAGGCGGCAGUGCACUACGAUCGCUCCGGUCGCUCGUUGGGCACCGCUGACGUGAUUUUCGAACGCCGCGCCGACGCCUUGAAGGCCAUUAAGCAAUACCACGGCGUGCCUUUGGACGGACGCCCUAUGACCAUUCAGCUGGCCGUCUCAGACGUGGCCGUGCUGACCCGUCCCGUAACCGCCACCGAUGUCAAGCGUCGCGUGGGUGGUCCUGCACCAACUCCAUUCAAGCGUGGUGGUGGCCAAGCUGGUGGCCCGGCGCGUCGCGGCUUCAAACGUCCGGUCGGUGGCAAGCCGGCGGCAGGCGGCCAGCGGCGGGAGCGCAAGGCUCCGCCCACUGCCGAGGAGCUGGACGCUGAACUGGACUCGUACAUCAACGACAUGAAGAUCUAAGUAGUCAAUAGUCUGAAUUAGUCUAACACGAAGAGAAGAGCAGCCCAAUCUAUAGUUUUAAGCCUACCAUAUGGACACCCGCCCGCAUGGUACAUAAAUGCAAUCGCAUCUCGACAACGCCGCGCCCAGGAGCAGAUAUUUGAAAGCAUGGACAUCAAAUAAAUCAAUCACUUGCGCAUUUAUCCAUUAAUUGUUAGUUUUGCCAAUGCGGCGGAUGUUGAGAUAACUGAAAUACAUUUGAUGCUGUAUUUAUUAUAUUUAGAAAUGCGCUUUAUCAAGCUCGACGAUAAAUUGAUGGACCUUGUCAUUUUAAACUGAAUUGUAAUAAAUACUAGAAUUAAUUUCGUGACCAAA